AUGGGUAGCGUGUUCUUGCCCCACCUGCACAGCGGCUGGCAUGUAGACCAAGCUAUCGUAACCGAGGAGGAGCGUCUCGUGGUUAUCCGUUUUGGGUCCGACUCCGACCGCAGUUGCAUGCUGAUGGACGAGAUCCUGUACUCCAUCGCCGAAAAGGUGGUCAAUUUCGCCGCUAUCUACGUAUGUGACACAACCGAAGUGCCUGACUUCAAUGAGAUGUAUGAACUGCAAGAUCCGAUGACCGUCAUGUUCUUCUACAAGAACAAGCACAUGCGAUGCGACUUCGGCACGGGGAACAACAACAAGAUGAACUUCGUCGUUGACAACAAGCAGGAGAUGAUAGACAUCAUAGAGACGGUCUUCCGCGGCGCCAGGAGAAACAAGGGGCUGGUGGUGUCGCCGUAUGACUACAACUACAAGCGGAUACAAUAG